UUCCGUGUGUUUUGUUCCGCUUCAGGAGAUCCUCAUAAGGCGAGGAAGGAGGCUGAGCAGUGAUAUUCCAUCCGCUGUGCGCUGGAGGCUGCGUCAGCUUCUGCAGAGGGAGUGCUCCACACGAGUGAACGAAAGAGAUGCGCCUCACGGUCACGACGGCGGUGCUCGCGGCGGCGCUCGGCCUGGCGCGCCCUCAGUGCUUCUCGGCGCGGGACGAUUUCUCCGUCAGGGUCAACAACGACAUCUCGGGCAUCACCGACUUCGGCUUCGAGCUCUACAGGCAGCUGGCGCCCCCGCAGUCCCCCGAGAACUUCUUCUUCUCGCCCUACAGCAUCUGGAUGGCCUUCACCCUCGUCUACUUCGGCACCGGGGGGGAGACGGCGGCGCAGCUCCAGAGGGCCUUGAGGGUCGAUGAUCAAGUCGCCACGCUCAAGCUCUGGCGAGAGCUCGAGGCCAUGUACGAUAGGCGACAGGCAGGAACCACCGACUACACCUUCAGCACCGCCAACCGCCAGUACGUCGACAAGAGGCUGAGUGUCCGGCCCUGCGUCGCCGAGAUCCUCCGCGCCGAGCUUGAGACGAUCGACUUCAGAGACAGGGUGUCGGCUGCGAGGACGAUCAACCGCUUCGCCUUCGAGAAGACGAACGGCAAAAUCUCUGACGUGGUGUCGGCGGACGAGCUGAAUAGGGCCGUGAUGGCGAUCGUCAACGCCGCCUACUUCAAGAGCACGUGGCAGGUGCAGUUCAAUCCCGAACACACUCAGCCGAUGCCCUUCUACGCCACGCCGGAGCGGCCUCACACCGUCCCCAUGAUGGAGCUGGAGUCCAGCUUCAACUAUGGCGACUUCAGCCAGAUUGCAGCGAGGGUCGUGGAACUGCCUUACAAGGGCAAAGCAAUGUCCAUGUUCAUUUUCCUCCCCUCUGAGGAAGGGCCUCGCGGCUUCACCAAAAUGGUCUCCCGGCUCAGCAGCAAUAACCUGAGGGCAGCUACUAACGUGGAGUUACUCAACAGGCGACUCGUGGAGGUUCGGUUGCCCAAGUUCAAGCUGGACGUGAAAGUGGAGGGUCUUAUUCCAGCUCUUAUGAAUACCGGAAUCACUGACCUCUUCUCCUUCGACAAAGCCAACUUUACGACGCUCGGGCCUCUGCGCGAGGCAGCCGUGAAGACAGUCAUCCACAAGGCCUUUGUAGAGGUGAACGAGGAGGGGACGGAAGCAGCUGCUGUGACCGUGGCCGUCGUGCCCGUCAGGUCCUUCGUCCCGCGAAUCCCUUUCCACUGCAACCGCCCGUUCGUCUUCCUGAUCAGGGACAACGCCACGCGCACAUUCCUCUUCAUGGGGGCCUACAAGGAUCCUGGAACGGCUACAUGAGAGCCGUAAAUAAAAGCAGUGAAGGACGACUGUGGGAUGGUGGCGGAUAAAGAGAUGUUUCGAGGUUUGAAGGGGUAUUCUUAGUGUACGGAAGAAAGAGGGACGACUGGGAAUAGUGGAGGUGAUUGGUGUUGCGACGAAUUUAAAUAUAAAAGAGAACGGACAAGAUCCCCCGGUAUGAAAAGACUGGUCAAGUCAAGCUUCGCUUCAGGAACACCCAAGACACAUUAAUCUCAUCCCAUUUUUGGAUUGGAUUUUCAAGCCUCCCGACAAAAUCACUUCCGAAUAAAAGUAACUUCUAUUGGCA